GAAGGUGAAUGAAAAUGUCGUCGCAAUAAUUGUGAUAGCUGCAUGCAAUGUCGGCUACGGGCAAACUCAAGGGAUCCGUUCUGCAGCUAUACGCGCAGUGUCUGCGCUCGGCGCGCCGCUGUCCGCAGUGGGAACAGCGCGAGAUGAUGAAGACGUAUGUGCAGAUGAAGUUUCGCGACGAGAUGAAUACUCAGGACCCGGAUCGCGUGCGGGUGUUGCUGGCGGACGGCAGGGAGGAACUCGAGCGGAUGAACUACUAUCACUCCGUCUAUGAGGCCAAACAGAGAGAAAAAGAAGCUGCGGCAAAGGGAGCAAAUACUACUGCAACGAGCAAAACGAAGCGGCCAGAUAAUUGCUCGCAGUGCCAUGCCACGUAUCCAUCGGAGCAGGCCAACUUUUGUGCCAACUGUGGCACAAAGAGACCGGAAAGCGCAUGACACGAUUAGCACGAGCCAAAUAAUAGACGAUAGACUGAAGAGGAGAGCAGCAAUUACACCGUAAUGGUCGAAUAUGGACGCAGAUGAAAGAGCGUCGACGUGUGGACGAAAACCGCGAAGAAAUACAAAUUUGUGGUGUAUCGCAUUGUGUCGGUAGUGGUGAUCAAGUUCUUGUCUUGACUGACUGCAUCUUCGCCCAGCGUGGUUUUCAGCGUUAGAUCUGCGUACAGCCACCACAAGAGUUAGAUCAUGCCACAAACAACUAGAAACACAUGCGCUUACAAUCCAAAAGGGACGUCCGGUCAGCAGCGCAAUAGGAACAGGACCGAAAAACCUCGAAUCUACAGAGCAUGUAGCAUUAUCUCCUUCGACCCACACGUGGCCCUUGGGGACUGUGAUCUUGUCCUUACGGUUCUCAUCGAAGCGCGGCUGGAGCUCCACCACGUCUCCCUCCUGCAGCCACCAGUGACGAUCAGUCUACAAUUAUGUAGCUAUCAAGACUGUUUAGAAACUACGUACCAGGGCCAGAAUUCGCUUGACUAUGGUCUCGCGCAUGUGUCGAGAGGGUGAUCGAAGCUCCACCAGCUCACCGCGCUCCCAGUUGCGCCACCGCCGCGACAAGUGCUCCACGAAGAUGAAGGAGCCGUCGGGGAUUGUGGGGGCCAUAGACACACCCAUGCCGUAUUUGAUAUCGAAGAAAUACUCCUUUGUCACGGCCGCCCAGCCCACGAUAAGCACGCCGCCGCGCACCAGCUUCGCUGCCAUUUUAACCGCUCUAUUCGUUGAAAAAGAAUUAAAAUAUUAUUU